CCCCGGUCCCGGCCCGCCGGGCGCCCGGCCGGAUGGGCUGCACGGUGAGCUUGGUGUGUUGCGAGGCGCUGGAACCCGGGCCCCCCUGCAGUCCCCAGCCCCCCGGGAGUCCCCCGUCCCCGGCGUGGGCCCAGGGCUGGGAACCCGGGGCUUCAGCCCGCGCCGAAAGCAAGCGGCUCCUGCUUCAGCCCGAGGACCUGGAGGCUCCCAAGACUCACCACUUUAAGGUGAAGACCUUCAAGAAGGUGAAGCCCUGUGGCAUCUGCCGGCAGGUCAUCACCCGGGAGGGUUGCACCUGCAAAGUCUGCAGCUUCUCCUGUCAUCGGAAAUGCCAGGCCAAGGUGGCUGCCCCCUGCAUUCCUCCAUCCAACCAUGAACUGGUGCCCAUCAACACUGAGAGUGUCCCAAAGAAUGUAGUGGACACGGGAGAAGGAGCCUUCCGGGGUGGAAACACACGGAAAAGCCUUGAGGAAGACGCCUCCACCAGAGUCACCGCGAGUGUCCAGUCCCAUCCUAAGCCCAUCAGAAACAUGAGUGUGAGCCGGACCAUGGAGGACAGCUGUGAGCUGGACCUGGUAUAUGUCACGGAGCGGAUCAUCGCCGUCUCUUUCCCCAGCACAGCUAAUGAGGAGAACUUCCGAAACAACCUCCGCGAGGUGGCCCAGAUGCUCAAGUCCAAACAUGGAGGCAACUAUCUGCUUUUCAACCUCUCUGAGCGGAGACCUGACAUCACGAAGCUCCACACCAAGGUACUGGAGUUUGGCUGGCCCGACCUCCACACCCCAGCCCUGGAGAAGAUCUGCAGUGUCUGCAAGGCCAUGGACACUUGGCUCAACGCAGACCCCCACAACGUGGUCGUUCUGCACAACAAGGGAAACCGAGGCAGGAUAGGUGUUGUCAUCGCAGCUUACAUGCACUACAGCAACAUUUCGGCCAGUGCUGACCAGGCCCUGGACCGAUUUGCCAUGAAGCGGUUCUAUGAGGAUAAGAUUGUGCCCAUUGGCCAGCCAUCCCAGAGAAGGUACGUGCAUUACUUCAGCGGCCUGCUCUCUGGCACCAUCAAAAUGAACAACAAGCCCUUGUUUCUGCACCAUGUGAUCAUGCAUGGCAUCCCCAACUUCGAGUCUAAAGGAGGGUGUCGGCCAUUUCUCCGGAUCUACCAGGCCAUGCAACCUGUUUACACGUCUGGCAUCUACAACGUCCAAGGAGACAGCCAGACAAGCAUUUGCAUCACCAUCGAGCCUGGGCUGCUCUUGAAGGGAGACAUCUUGCUGAAGUGCUACCACAAGAAAUUCCGGAGCCCAGCCCGAGAUGUCAUCUUCCGUGUGCAGUUCCACACCUGCGCCAUCCAUGACCUGGGGGUUGUCUUUGGGAAGGAGGACCUUGAUGAUGCCUUCAAAGAUGAUCGAUUUCCAGAAUAUGGCAAGGUGGAAUUUGUAUUCUCUUAUGGACCAGAGAAAAUUCAAGGCAUGGAACACCUGGAGAAUGGGCCGAGCGUGUCAGUGGACUACAACACCUCAGACCCCCUUAUCCGCUGGGAUUCCUAUGACAACUUCAGUGGGCAUCGAGAUGACGGCAUGGAGGAGGUUGUGGGACAUACCCAGGGGCCACUGGACGGGAGCCUGUAUGCCAAGGUGAAGAAGAAGGACUCCCUGCAUGGCAGCACUGGGGCCGUCAAUGCCACGCGUCCUGCCCUGUCGGCCACCCCCAACCAUGUGGAACAUACCCUCUCUGUGAGCAGUGACUCGGGCAACUCCACAGCCUCCACCAAGACAGACAAGACCGAUGAGCCUGCCCCUGGGCCCGCCAGUGCGCCUGCUGCCCUGAGUCCUGAGGAGAAGCGUGAGCUGGACCGCCUGCUCAGUGGCUUCGGCUUAGAGCGAGAGAAGCCAGGUGUCAUGUACCACACCCAGCAUCUCCGGUCCCGCCCAGCGGGGGGCUCUGCUGCACCCUCCUCUGGUCGCCAUGUUGUCCCAGCCCAGGUUCACGUCAACGGCAGUGCCUUGGCAUCGGAGCGGGAGACAGACAUCCUGGACGAUGAGCUGCCCAACCAGGACGGGCACAGUGUGGGCAGCAUGGGCACACUGUCCUCCCUGGACGGGAUCACCAACACCAGUGAGGGCGGCUACCCGGAGGCGUUGUCCCCACUGACCAAUGGUCUGGACAAGCCCUACCCUGUGGAACCUAUGGUCAAUGGCGGGGGCUACCCUUACGACUCUGCCAGCCGGGCAGUGCCUGCCCAUGCUGGCCACACGGUCCCCAUGCGGCCCUCCUACUCCGCACAGGAAGCUCUCGCUGGCUACCAGAGGGAGGGCCCCCACGCAGCCUGGCCACAGCCAGUGACCACUUCCCACUAUGGCCAUGACCCCAGCGGCAUGUUCCGCUCUCAGUCCUUUCCGGACACCGAGCCCCAGUUGCCCCCAGCUCCAGCCCGCGGAGGAAGCAGCCGGGAGGCUGUGCAGAGGGGCCUCAAUUCCUGGCAGCAGCAGCAGCAGCAGCAGCCGCCUUGCCCUCCUCCUCGCCAGCAGGAAAGAGCCCACUUGGAGGGUCUCGGGCUCAGCAGGCCUAGUCCCCAGCCGUUGGCAGAGACCCCCCUGCCUGGCCUCCCUGAGUUCCCGAGGGCAGCCUCCCAGCAGGAGAUCGAGCAGUCCAUCGAAACCCUCAACAUGCUGAUGCUGGAUUUGGAGCCGGCUGCGGCCGCCACCCCCCUGCACAAAUCCCAGAGUGUCCCAGGGGCCUGGCCAGGGGCCUCCCCACUCUCCUCCCAGCCCCUCUCCGGCUCACCCUUCCAGUCCCAUCCACUGACCCAGUCCCGAUCUGGCUACAUCCCCAGUGGGCAUUCCUUGGGAACCCCUGAGCCGGCCCCACGGGCGCGCCUGGAGUCUGGGCCCCCCGGCAGGUCUUACUCAUCUUAUGAUCAUCAGCUGUGUCUGGCUGGGCCCAACCAGAGCUACCGUCCAAAGAGCCCAGCCUCCUCUUCUUCCUCUCCCGCCUUCCUUCCAACCCCCCACAGCCCUCCGGGGCCUCAGCAGCCCCCAGCCUCUCUCCCUGGUCUCACUGCUCAGCCUCAGCUCCCACCAAAGGAGGGGACUUCAGAUCCUUCCCGAACUCCAGAGGAGGAGCCCUUGAACCUGGAAGGCUUGGUGGCCCACCGGGUAGCAGGAGUGAAGGCUCGGGAGAAGCAGCCUGCGGAGCCCCCAACCCCUCUUCGGAGGCGGGCGGCCAGUGAUGGACAGUAUGAGAACCAGUCUCCAGAACCCUCAUCCCCCCGGAGCCCCGGGGUUCGUUCCCCUGUCCAGUGCGUCUCCCCAGAGCUGGCUCUCACCAUUGCUCUCAAUCCUGGAGGGCGGCCCAAAGAGCCCCAUCUGCACAGCUACAAGGAAGCCUUCGAGGAGAUGGAGGGAACCUCCCCGACCAGCCCACUGCCCAGUGGAGUGCGCUCCCCUCCAGGUCUGGCCAAGACACCCCUGUCUGCUCUGGGCCUGAAACCCCACAACCCAGCGGACAUCCUGUUGCACCCGACCGGUGUCACCAGAAGGCUGAUCCUGCCAGAGGAGGAUGAGGGGAAGGAGGUGACAGAGCUCUCGGAAGAGCCCCGGAGCUAUGUCGAGUCGGUGGUGCGGACAGCAGUGGCUGGGCCCCGUGCUCAGGACCCUGAGCCCAAGAACUUUAGCACCCCAGCUGCCCAGGCCUACGGCCCUGAGAUACCCCUGAGGAAUGGGACCCUGGGGGGCUCCUUUGUCUCCCCCAGCCCCCUCUCUACCAGCAGCCCCAUCCUCAGUGCUGACAGCACUUCAAUGGGGAGUUUCCCAUCAGGAGAGAGCAGUGACCAGGGCCCCCGGACACCCACCCAGCCUUUGCUAGAUUCUGGCUUCCGCUCUGGCAGUCUGGGCCAGCCCAGCCCUUCGGCUCAGAGAAGCUACCAGAGUUCUCCUCUCCCGACCGUGGGCAGCAGCUACAGCAGCCCUGACUACUCGCUUCAGCAGUUCAGCUCCCCCGAAAGCCAGGCCCGGUCUCAGUUCCCUGUGGCCGGUGUCCACAUGGUACCAGGGAGCCCUCAGGCACGCCACAGGACAGUGGGCACCAACACUCCCCCGAGUCCUGGCUUUGGUGGUCGAGCUGUCAACCCCGGCAUGGCUGCCCCUGGCAGCCCCAGUUUGAGCCACCGCCAAGCGAUGGGCCCACCAGGAACUGGUUUGCAUGGUAACGCGGUCUCCAGCCCCCAGAGCAGUGCAGCGACCACUCCGGGAAGCCCCAACCUGGGCCGACACCCUGGGGCUCACCAGCCCUCAGGCCUCCAUACCAGUGUGGCCACCACUCCAGGAAGCCCCAGCCGGGGCCAGCACCCUGGGGCCCACCAGGCCUCAGGUCUCCAUGGCAAUGUAGUCACCACUCCAGGGAGCCCUAGCCUGGGCCGGCACCCUGGAGCCCCACAGGGCAACUUGGCCUCCAGUCUCCAUGGCAACACAAUAGCCAGCCCUGGAAGCCCCAGCCUGGGCCGUCACUUGGGAGGGUCUGGAUCUGUGGUUCCUGGCAGCCCCAGCUUGGACCGGCAUGUGGCCUAUGGCGGCUACUCCACCCCCGAGGACCGGAGACCCACGCUGUCCCGGCAGAGCAGUGCCUCCGGCUACCAGGCUCCCUCCACGCCCUCCUUCCCUGUGUCCCCUGCCUACUACCCCGGCCUGAGCAGCCCCACCACCUCUCCUUCGCCGGAUUCAGCAGCCUUCCGGCAAGGGAGCCCAACGCCGGCCUUGCCGGAGAAACGGAGGAUGUCCAUGGGAGACCGAGCAGGCAGCCUCCCCAACUACGCCACGGUCAACGGGAAGGUGUCCUCCUCGCCUGUCGCCAGUGGCAUGUCCAGUCCCAGUGGGGGCAGCACCGUGUCCUUCUCUCACACUCUGCCCGACUUCUCGAAGUACUCCAUGCCAGACAACAGCCCUGAGACCCGGGCUAAAGUAAAAUUUGUCCAGGAUACUUCCAAGUAUUGGUACAAGCCUGAGAUCUCCAGAGAGCAGGCCAUCGCGCUCUUGAAGGACCAGGAGCCAGGGGCCUUCAUCAUCCGUGACAGUCACUCCUUCCGAGGAGCCUACGGGCUGGCCAUGAAGGUGUCUUCUCCACCUCCAACCAUCAUGCAGCAGAAUAAAAAAGGGGACAUGACCCAUGAGCUGGUGAGACAUUUCCUGAUAGAGACCGGCCCCAGAGGAGUCAAGCUCAAGGGCUGCCCCAAUGAACCAAACUUUGGGUCUCUGUCUGCCCUGGUCUACCAGCACUCCAUCACGCCAUUGGCUCUGCCCUGUAAGCUGGUCAUUCCAAACCGAGACCCUACAGAUCAAUCAAAAGAUAGCUCGGGACCUGCCAACUCCACCACUGACCUGCUGAAGCAAGGGGCAGCCUGCAACGUUCUCUUCGUCAACUCUGUGGACAUGGAGUCACUCACUGGGCCACAGGCCAUCUCCAAAGCCACUUCUGAGACACUGGCUGCUGACCCCACACCAGCUGCCACCAUUGUUCACUUCAAAGUUUCUGCCCAGGGAAUUACACUGACUGACAACCAGAGAAAGCUCUUCUUCAGACGACACUACCCCCUCAACACUGUCACGUUCUGUGACCUGGAUCCACAGGAGAGGAAGUGGACGAAAACAGAGGGAGGUGCCCCUGCUAAGCUCUUCGGCUUUGUGGCCCGGAAGCAGGGCAGCACCACGGACAACGCCUGCCACCUCUUCGCAGAGCUUGAUCCCAACCAGCCUGCCUCUGCCAUUGUCAACUUUGUCUCCAAGGUCAUGCUGAGUGCCGGCCAGAAGAGAUGAACCCACCCCUUGCCCAGGGCCAGGGCAGGGGGUAUGGGGUUUGUGGGGAGGGACCCAUGAAUCCUGACCACCUUUGAAUCCAGAAGGAGGACUUUGGGCCAAUUGUGGAGAAGGAGAGAAGAAAGUGCAACAUGGGGAGAGGGAAGUGAAUUGCAGACGGGAGGGGGAGAGAGGGAGAGAAAGAAAGAAAAAGAAAGAGGAGGAGAGCUGGAUUCCUUUGGGUAGAUGGACACUGUGCAACCCCCAAAGCCUCCAAAACCAACCGUGUCCUCGUAAGCUCCCCCGCCCCCUCCCAGAGAAUGGAGUUCCUCAAAGGAGGCAGCACUGACCUCCUUGGCCAUCCAUAUUUUGGGGGGAAAUGGAAAGCUCUGUCUCCCUAGCCCAACUGCUUUGCAAGGAGAAACCAAGUGGAGAGAAUCUUUUUCUGGCCAUCUCUAGGGUAAAUUGCCAAACCAAAAAGAGCCAGCAUGGGACAUCAAGUGGCAGAACUUUUGCUUUUAAAAAUAUCUCAGACCCGAGGCACCUACUCUGCCCCGGUGUGUAGUUGGUGUGGGUGUGUAUGUGAGGUGUGUAUCCUCGGUGAUCUGCAUUUGCCUCUCAGCUAGAAUUAUAAACAGGUGUCCUUGACUGUGUCCCAUGUGUUUGCACGCACAUGCAUACUGUCCAAAGAAGGUUAGAGGUGGGGUGACCCAGCAGCAGGAAGAGGACACCAGCCUCUUCCCCAGAAACAUAACAGACUCUGUCUUGGCCUCUGCACCGGCGCUCUAGCGGCCCUGGGUGCCGCCAGCCCCUUCUCCUCGACAAAGACCCCCGCGAGCGUGGGGUGGGCCACCCUGCAGCAUCACCUCUGUUCUGCCUCCACUAGGAGGUGGGGACAUUUAUUUAAGGAGAUGGAGAAAUGGGUAUCCAUCACCUUGGGGAAGAAGUCUGUCAGCGGUGGUGGCUGUUGAGCUCUAGGCCUCUUCCCCAAGGUGUGUGGCCCAGCUUCGAGGUAGCAGGUCACUCCUGCAAGCUCCCAACCCUUAGCCCAUUCUUGGGUUUUGCACCAAGACUAGCCUUAUCUCAGACUUGCUUAUCUGCAUGAUGUCUUUUUGGGUGCUGGGGAUUGAGCCUUCGUGCUCUGCCCUGCCCUGUUCUGUCCUGCGGGGUCCCCAUGGUGGGCUCAUCCUGGGGAACCUGCUCAGCGAGGCCCAGGGGAGGUACUGUAGUCCUUCCUCUCCCCUUUGCAAGUGUUGUGGGGUCUGCCUUUUGCUGGGCUGUCCAGGGUGGCUUAGCAAAGCUCUGGGGGCUGCUACCUGUACACCAUAUGGCCUACCUACAACACCAAAGCCUUGCUGUUCCCCCUUCUGCCUGGGUUUCCUCAGCAGAGCCAAGCUGCCUGUGAGCAGAGGGCAGAAGGCACACAUUCAGGCCAAAGGACUGAGAGUCCAUUUGGGCAAUUGGGAAACCCCGACCUCCACCCAAGGACUCUGAGCUGGAAUGGAAAAUUCACUAGGACUCCAUUCUUGAGGGGCUUCUUAUGCCUCUGGGGGUCCCCUAGAGAGAGGUGUUGUACUGAUAUAUAAAUAUAUAUAAUAUAUAUGUGAGACAUACUGACAGAAUCUGUAAGCUAAUAAAAUAUAAGAAAAGGUUAAAAAAAGAAUAGGUAAAUUGACAAGAAGUAUUUAUUGUUUUCCCGUAUUGCUUUAUUGCCUCCCUGGGCAUAAACCAAUUCCCAUCCCUCUUGAUAUGUAGAAGUGAAGCCCGAAAUGUAGAGGCCUUUCUUCUUGGAGCGAUCAGGGGUCUCCUUGCCCUGGCGUUGGCCUUGGCCAUGGCCUUCCCUAGACUUUGUCUGGGGCUCAGCGGGAGGGUGCACAUGUUCCAUCCCCUUUGGUCCUCUUAUUUUCUGGCAAGCCCAGGGCUCAGCCAUCAGCUCCCAAGAUGAGAGGGAAGCUGCCCACUCACCCCGGCUCCAGCGAGCCAGUGGGGGACAUGGGUGAGUGUGGAAGACGUGGGUAAUGUGUACGUCUUUUGUAUUUUCUCUCCUCCAAGAAGCUGUAUCUGUGUGGACAUUCUGUUUCAGGGAGUUGGAAAGGAGAGUGUCUAAAGAAGCAGGGAGCCGUGCCCUGCUUCCCAAAGAAUGAAACCUUGUGCUUGGUGACCAAGGUUCCUCCAAAGUGCUCUUCCUUCUGAGGUAUUCAAGCCACAGCCCUGGAUUUCCCUUUCCACCGUCCCCACUUACCCCCACUCUCUUCCCCGAUAAGAGCUGUUCCACCCCCUGUCUUUGUAAAUACCCUAAUCUCCCACUGGACAGCCCAGGGACUCUCUCUCAGUCCGGAUGUUCUCUCCACACUGGAGGCCGGGUAGAGUGUCAGACCAUUCGGCAGACCCAGGCCCAGGGUCAGCCUUCUCACGUGCUUUCCCACUGCCCACCACAGCCCACCUCCCAAGCAUGGCCAGCCCACCCCACUCAGGCCUGUGCUGUGUGACCCUGUGAGUAGGACCUAGGGGGUGCUGGGAAGCUGAUCAACUCACUCGCUGGAGUCACUCUGACAGGAGUCAGUUUCCUAGAGUUGGACCUUUCCAGAAGAAUGAUGGUGGAGGGCACCCCAGUCUCUACAGUAGCCCCCCCCCGUUGGGUCAGAUACUGGUUAGGAAGACACUGUAGCUCUCCUGUGUCUCACGGGUUAUGCCUGUGCACCCACGUGCACGCCUGCGUGCUCUCUCUCUCUCUCUCUCUCUCUCACACACACACACACACACCACAGCACUGCAGUAUAUUCUUGCCAAAGAUUUCUUUUAAAAGAAAGCACUUUUAAUAAUUAUUGUUAUUAAUGUGUAAAUGUUUAUCCUUUUCUCUCCUCCCCUUCCCUGGACAUUUUUGCUGUUUAUUGUUGAAUCUGUUUGUUAGCGGGAGAGUGCUGUCUGGUCUUGAAAAUAGGCUGGGAAGUGGGGGAGGGAAAGGGUCUGGGAGAAGUUGGCAAGAAAGCAUCGGAGAGGCAUGGUCAGCUUGUGACACAGCGACGCAGCCCCAGGCAAGCUCAGGCCCCUGCUGCAGGCUCAGCCUGCCCCUCGCUGUCCAGCCAGGACUCGGAGGCAGGUCCUCUGACCCAGCCGGGAGAGAGGCCUAGUGAGGUCCACGUGGCUGUUCCCAGGUGGAACCAGAGGGGAGGACAGGGCAUAGGUACGAUGGAGAGGUGACCCUGCAGGGGAAAUAGGGAGGCAGUGAGCUGUUCGAUCGCCUCCAGGGUGACUGGAAUGCUGUGAUCGUGGUGUCCUGGCUCCCUUACCUGGCCAGGUGUUUGAAGGACAGACAUAUCAGGGCCUAGGUUUGGGGGCUUUUGACCCUGGUCCUCCUUGGAGCCUCUCUUGCAGCUCCAAAAGCUUGUGGACUGCCAGGAUUCUUUCUCCCCUGGGUUUUCAGGAUUCCCGGGGUGCGUCAGGGACUGGCGGCGGUGUGACCAUUCAGCCAGUCGACUGGACAAGUGUGAUCCUUCCGUAAAGGGGUUCCCAGGAGGGAUGUGAAUUGGGCAUUCUUCUGUCCCACUCUGGUGGGCAUGAGUAGAGACUGGGCAGGCUCGUCAUGCUGUACAGGGAGUAUGGAACACACCUAUGCUCUGACGUUCACCGCCACCCUGCCUCCUGGGUCUCUCCCCUUCUUUGGCUUUUCCCAGCUUCAGGACCUGGGGAGAUCAAGUGGGCCAAUGCCCUGUCCAAAGGCUGCUUCUGGCCCCUAUGUUUCCCCACAGUCGGGAUCUUUGCAGAGGUCAGAGGCAGCACCCAGGAGCACCCUUCAGCCAGCUCCAGGCCCCAGAAUCCUGAGACUGGAGUCCUCUGGCCAGUGGUAACACAGGACGUGUGUGUGCACGUGCAAGUGUGGGUGUAUGUGUGUGCGUAUUUUGCUCGUGUCUCUAGGGAACUUAGGGGUUGGGUUGGAGUAGGUGGACAAUAGGACGUCAAGUUCGGUAUCACCCAGCAGUGAACGGAAUCAGAAGGCCACGUCUGUAGGGCACCGAAUAGUGGAAUCUUACCGCGGGUGACGGAAGGAUUAACCACAAGUGGGGUGCUCCUCUGUCCUCAGAUGUCCGAAAUGUUGGAGGAUCUUUGUUUAUUUCCUACACUAGUCUCUAACCAGCAGCAAGAUAAUUCUAGAGGGAUGUCCCAAGUUUGUUUUCGAAUCAGUGUUAAACGGUUUGAGACUCUCCUGAGUCCAUGUUUGGUGUGUGUGUGUGUGUGUGUGUGUGUGUGUGUGUGGCGCACAUGUGUGUGUGCAUGCUCUGUUUCCCCAUUUCUCUCCUCCCUCUGACAUGUCAUUCAAAACAAAUGUAAGAAAUUUCUUACCACUCCCCACCCCUACCCCUGCCUCCCAGGCCUUUGCAGGAAAAACAGAAUAACCCAGCGUUCGCCCCAUUCCUUGGCUGUGUAUUUAUAUAGAUGGAAAUAUACUUUCUAUUUUGUAUCGUUGUGCCUAUAACCUCUGCCACCUUGUAUAAACCCUGAUGUAUGCUACUCCUCCUGGAUAUGAAUGUAUUGUACACUGAUGCCGUCCCGCCCCUGUACAGCUGCUUUGUUUCUUGGUGAUCCAUUGUAUGGCUUUAUAAAUGAUAAACUGAAAGAAA